GACAAUUCUUAUUCUUUCCAGAUUUGGUGGACCAGCACAAUGAGAGCUCAGAGGGGAUUCACCUUACUCCUGCUUCUCCUGGCUGUCCUCUGUUCCACAGGUGUUAGCCUCAAAUGCUACAACUGUUUAGACCCGGUUUCUUCAUGCAAAACAAACAGCACUUGCUCUCCUAACCUGGAUGCUUGUCUUGUUGCUGUAUCUGGAAAGCAAGUCUAUCAGCAGUGUUGGAGAUUUUUGGAUUGUAAUGCCAAGUUCAUUUUGAGCCGACUAGAAAUCGCAAACGUACAAUACAGAUGCUGCCAGGCGGACUUGUGUAACAAAAGCCUCGAAGACAAGCCAAACAAUGGGGCAACCUCCCUAUUGGGCAAGAUAGCGUUGCUGGUGACCUCGGUUCUGGCGGCCAUUUUGAAGCCUUGUUUCUAAAUCAUCUCUAAGCUCCCAAUGCCUCCUUUCUUUUUUUUCCUUCUUUUUCUUCUUCUUCAGCACUCUAAAGCCUUUAUUAUUUUCCAACUUAUAUUCGUUUAGGAAACAAUAUAGUUCACUUGAAAUCUUGGAUAAGAGGGAGGGUUGUAAGCAGCACGGAAGAGCACCGUGCACAUAGGGAAGGCCCACCUGCAGGUACAGAGUGAAGUGCGUGGGUAAAACACUUAACAGGUUAUGUAAUCUUCCUUUGCCACUUCGGAGGGCUGGCUUUCAGUUUCAGCUUAAAUGGGUUUCUGGCAACCCUCAGGGAUAUCUCUUUGGUUCCCGGAAUGUAGCUGAGGAGUGAGGUCAGAAAGUACCUUUAAGUGAGUGGACCAGGAGGAUUCUCUUCAUUACUCUGACACACUCAAAACGCUUUCAUAACUUUUACAGGUCCUGAGCUGGUGUGCAAAUGUUCCAUAUGUGAGCUGUCAGUCAGGGGCGCUGAUUGUUCGUUUGCUUAAAAAUAACAACAAAAACAAAAACAACAGCAAAACAGUUCUGGGAAUGAAACCCAGUGCAUUGAGCAUGUAGGCAAGUGCUUUACCCAUAAGCCCCAGCUCCAGCUCCAGCAGUGAAUGAAGCAGCUGCGUUUUCAGCUAGAAAACGUAGGGAUUUGACCUACAUUUCAACAAGACCUCUGAACUAGAUGUGAUGAUUCUUGCUUUAGUAUGUUUAGCAUCUCAGUGCUCUGGAGGCAGAGACAGGAGGAGGGCCAUAAGUUGAAGGCCAGCCUGACCUUCACAGUGGUCUCCAAGUCACCUAAAACUAUAUAGUAAGACCUUGCCUCAAAUGAAAAACAAAAUGGCGAGUAGUGGUGCAUGCCUUUAAUACCAGCACUUGGGAGUAGAAGCAGAUGGAUCUCCGUGAGGUCAAAGCCAGCCAGUUCCCGGACAGCCAAGGCUAUACAGAGAAAGCCUGUCUAUACAUACAUACAUACAUACAUACAUACAUACAUACAUACAUAGAAAAGAAAAACCUCAAAACAACAAUAACAACAAAACAAAAAAGAAAGGAAACACACAAAACGUCUGUUCUUGUAGAAGUGUGGCUCUAACCUGAAUUAUCCCACAUCUCUGAAUAUUGCCUGGGCUUUGCUAGCUUUUACUAGAAAACUGUAAUGGCCAACAUUUUUUCGAUCUUGAAAAAGCAGUUUAUCUUGACUGUCUUCCACAUAAUGGAAUAAUAAACACUAUGCUAUAGGACA